AUGCCGCAGUCCAAGACGCAAGAUUUGUACCUGGACCUGCUGUCAUCCCACUCGUCAGCGUCAUCCGCACCAGCGUCUCCAGCUGCAGCAGGAGGUGGAGCAGACGAUCCGCACACUAGUGACCACUCGACGCUAUCGGUGCACAAGGGCGAGUUGGGAUGGGUCCACGAGAUGAACUUUAUGCGCGCCGAGACUCCAAGUCAACUGCGUCAGCGGUUUAUCCAGAUCCAAGUCACAGAUCGUCGGUUCAAGGAGCCCUCUUGGAUGCAUCCGAAUAUUGGCGGCGAGGCGCAAUUUGUGCAAGGAAGAAUGGACGAAAUCGCUGCUCUGGACGAGGCGUUGCACGUAAAAAGGACGACGAACAAACUGGGCGAGUGGAUGUCCACAUCCAUCAGUGGCAAUGCCAUUUUGUCCAGUGUGCUCUUCUCUGCGGGUCAAACGAUCGCCAAAGCUGGCAAACUAGCCCCUGUGACGCAGUUGUUCGUGGUCACAUUAGUCUAUUGUCUCCGCUGGGUGUUCGACGAAGUCAUGAGUGCUGUGCCAUUGAAUGGCGGCGUUUACAAUGCAAUGCUAAACUCAGCGUCCAAGAAAUUCGCUGCUCUCUGUGCAGUGUUCAGCAUGCUUUCCUACUUGUCGACGGCGGUGGUCAAUGGUGUCUCGGCCAUGAACUAUGUCAACGAGUCUCUCAUGGAUAUUCCUGUCAUGAUGUGCACCAUCGGAUUACUCGCGGUGUUUGCAGUGCUCUGUCUGAUGGGCAUCGCCGAGAGCGCUUUUGUCGCAUUAAUUUUUUUCGUCUCCCACGCGUUCACAUUGAUUCUGUUGGGCAUAUUUAGUAUUAUUUACGUGGCGCAACAUCCCUCUAUCUUUAUCGACAACAUGAGUACGACUCUCCCUGACGUGACGAUGUUCGGCGGUGCUGCAAGCGCUAGUAGUCUUGCAUCUGCAGUCGUUUUGGGCUACGGCACAGCCUUGCUGGGUGUAACUGGCUUCGAAAGUUCUUCUCAAUACGUGGAAGAGCAAGCUGCACACAUUUUCCCGAAAACUCUGCGCAACAUGUGGGUUCUUUCUAGUGCAUUCAAUGUAACCUACUCUUUUCUGGCGUUGGCCGUUGUACCUUUGGAUACGAUCAUCUUGAACCAGUCCACGUUGUUGUCGUACAUGGGUCGUCUGAGUGGUGGUCGCUGGCUCGAGAUGCUUGUGACAAUCGAUGCGUUUGGUGUACUUGCUGGUGCGGUGCUGACAGCCUAUGUCGGUAUCAAUGGUUUGCUUCAGCGUUUGGCGAUCGACCGGGUUUUCCCUAGUUUUCUGCUCAAGGCGAACACGUGUCGUGGCACGAACCACUUUAUCAUUUUGGCAUUUUUUGUUGUGGCUGCUAGUCUCGUGUUCAUCUUGAACGCCGAGGUGACAGUCUUGUCCGGCGUGUUUGCACUAGCUUUCUUGAGUGUACUGCUUUCUUUCAUCAUCGCUUGCAUGCUGCUAAAGCUACACCGGGAAAAGAUCCCUCGCAGGAGAACAACGUCGUGGAUCAACAUCAUUUUUUGUCUCUGUAUGGUGUCGCUGGGUAUCCUCGCAAAUGCUGUUUCGGACACGAAGGCGUUGUUGUACUUUUGCAUCUACUUCGCAGUGUUUUUCUUCGUGGUAAUUGUGAUGCUGGCACGAGUGAGUCUGCUGAAGGCAUUGCUUUGGAUCUCAAGAAAGCUUGCGGGAUAUGGUCAAAGCGAUCCGGCUCCGUUACAGCAGCCUUUUGGUGGUAGUGUACUGAUUGCCAAGUUAAUUGAGACCAUCAAGAAUACGCCGGUUGUAUUUUUCUGCAAAGCAACAAACCUGCCAAAAAUCAAUGAAGCCGUGGCGUACGUGAUGCGUAACGAACACACGUAUUGUUUGCGAUUAGUCCAUGUGUGUGAACCGAAUGCUCCAGUUCCACGCGAGUUCGAGCACGUGGUGAACCUGUUCGACCAUAUUUAUCCAUCUAUCAAGAUCGAUUUUAUCGCCGUGACAGGAGCUUUUGAUCCUGCAAUGGUGCAGUGGUUGUCCAAGUCGAUGGACGUCCCAACCAAUAUGAUGUUCAUGGGUCAACCGGCGGAUGAGAUGAUACACCAGGUCUCGGCUUUGGGUGUGCGAGUCAUUACUGACUAA